UUUUUUUCACCAGUCCGGCAACCCCUUAAUGAGCGAUCCACCGUCAGCUGAUUAAACCGGCAACUUUUGGGAAGCUUGUGAAAUCUUUGAAUAAUGUCCGAUGCCGCUACUGAUGUCACAGCCGAUGCCGAAGUGGAGGAGACCCCUCCAAUAGAAGCAGAUCCCGUAGAAACUGACACCGCCAAACUCCUGGAGACAAGCGCCGCCCUGCAGGAGGACGAUGAACUGGCCAACAUCGUUACCGCCGAGGAGUACCUGAUGCGCAAGGAUGUGGUGCUUCUGGAGUACGAGAAGCAAAUGUACCUGGACUUGGUCCUUGAGGAUGGUCUGCUGGUGUGCGCCAAGGGCUUGAGCUACGAACGAGUCCUGAUACACAUCCUUAAGUCCUUUAGUGAUGCAGGCAACCUGGUUCUGGUCAUAAACAGUUCCGACUGGGAGGAGCAGUACUACAAGUCCAAGCUGGACUCCAAAUACGUGCACGAGGUGGCCAACACAGCCACGGAAAGGGAGCGGGUUUAUUUGGAAGGCGGCCUCCAGUUCGUCAGCACACGGAUCUUGGUGGUAGAUCUGCUAAAGCAGCGCGUCCCCAUCGAGCUGAUCACCGGCAUUAUCGUCCUGCGGGCUCACACCAUCAUCGAGAGCUGUCAGGAGGCGUUCGCCUUGCGGCUUUACCGUCAGAAGAACAAGACUGGGUUCAUCAAGGCCUUCUCCAAUAGCGCCGAGGCCUUUACCAUCGGCUACUCCCAUGUGGAGCGCACCAUGCGCAAUCUGUUUGUGAAGAACUUGUUCAUCUGGCCCCGAUUUCAUGCCUCGGUGCGCAAUGCCUUGCACCCCUGGCAAGCGCAGACCAUUGAGCUUCAUGUGCCGCUCACCCCCAGCCAGACCUCCAUACAGACCCACAUCCUGGACAUUAUGAACUUCCUGGUGCGCGAGAUCAAGCGCAUUAAUCGCACGGUGGACAUGGAGGCGGUCACUGUCGAGAAUUGUGUCACCAAGAAGUUCCACAAGAUCCUGCAGGGCCAGCUGGACUGCAUCUGGCAUCAGCUCAACUCCCAAACGAAGCUCAUUGUGGCCGAUCUCAAGAUUCUGCGCAGCUUGAUGAUUUCCACCAUGUACCAUGAUGCUGUUAGUGCCUAUGCGUUGAUGAAACGAUAUCGCACCAAGGAGUACGCCCUGAGUAAUUCCGGCUGGACUCUGUUGAAUGCUGCCGAGCAGAUCUUUACCAUAUCCAAGCAGCGAGUCUUUAAUGGCCAGCAGGAAUUUGAGCCGGAACCCUGUCCCAAGUGGCAACCACUCACGGAACUGCUCACUCAGGAUGUGCCGGGAGAUAUGCGGCGAUGUCGACGCACCGAACAGCCAAAGGUGUUGAUCCUCUGCCAAGAUGCACGCACCUGCCACCAGCUGAAGCAAUACCUCACCCAGGGCGGCUCGCGGUUCCUGCUCCAGCAGGCUCUCCAGCACGAGGUGCCUGUGGGUAAGUUGAGCGACAAGUACGCCAAGGAGAGCCAGUACAAGGCUGCCCCUAAGCCGGUCAAGAGCGAGGCACUGAAACAGGAACCAGCUAGCUCCCAGCCCCCUCCGGGCGGACCGGAUGAACUGGCUCAGCUGCUGAGCGAUAACGAUGUGGAGGGGCAGCACUUCGAAGAGAGCUACAUGCUCACUAUGACACAGCCAGUGGAGCUGAUGGAGUAUGUGGAAGCGGCCGUGGAUAUCAAGCCGGACCCGAAUGCCUCGUUAUUCGAAAGCAUACCCGAACUGGAGCAGUUGGAUGUCACUGCAGCGCUGGCGGCGGUGCCGCAUCAGCCCUACAUCUGCCUGCAGACCUUCAAGACGGAGCGCGAGGGCUUCAUGGCGCUGGAGCACAUGCUGGACCAGCUGCAGCCACACUACGUGGUCAUGUACCACACCAAUGUGACAGCCAUACGGCAGCUGGAGGUUUUCGAGGCGCGGCGUCGCUUUCCUCCCGCCGAUCGCAUGAAGAUCUUCUUCCUCAUCCAUGCCAAAUCCGUGGAGGAGCAGGCCUACCUCACCAGCUUGCGCAGAGAGAAGGCUGCUUUCGAGCUAAUCAUCGACACCAAGAGUAAAAUGGUGAUUCCGGAGUACCAAGACGGCAAAACGGACGAGGCCUUUAUUCUGUACAAGAACUACGAUGACGAGCUCGUGGAGGACAACGCCCAGAGUCGCCGAGCUGGUGGCCAGGCACCGAAAACGCCCAAGGAAACGGCCAAGGUGAUAGUGGACAUGCGGGAGUUCCGAUCGGAUCUGCCGUGUCUGAUCCACAAGCGCGGCUUGGAGGUCCUGCCGCUGACCAUCACGAUCGGGGACUACAUCCUAACGCCGGACGUGUGUGUGGAGCGCAAGUCCAUUUCGGAUCUGAUUGGCUCCCUAAACUCGGGACGACUCUACAACCAGUGCGUCCAGAUGCAACGGCACUACGCCAAGCCGAUUCUGCUCAUUGAGUUCGACCAGAACAAGCCCUUUCACCUCCAGGGCAAGUUCAUGCUGUCCCAGCAGACGACCAGCGCCAAUGCCGACAUUGUACAGAAGCUGCAGCUGUUGACGCUGCACUUCCCCAAGCUGCGGCUCAUUUGGUCACCCAGUCCGUAUGCCACCGCCCAGCUGUUCGAGGAGCUGAAGCUGGGGAAGCCCGAACCGGAUCCCCAGCAGGCGGUGGCCCUGGGCAGCGACGAGCUCACGGCCGGGGAGCAACUGCACUUCAACAGCGGCAUCUACGAUUUUCUGCUCCGGCUGCCGGGCGUCAAUACCCGGAGCAUACACGGCCUGAUGCGGAACGGCGGAAGUCUGCGGCAAUUGCUGCUGCGCAGCCAAAAGGAGCUGGAGGACUUGCUGCAGUCGCAGGAGGGCGGCAAGCUGCUCUACGACAUCCUGCACGUGGCCCAUCUGCCCGAAAAGGACGAGGUGGCCGGCUCGACAGCGCUGCUGGCAGCUGGCAAGCAAUUCGGCUCCGGAGCACACAAUCGUUUCAGGAAGGCAGCUGCCGAGUCGCGACGAGGACGACGCUAAAGCCUGGAAAAUAAUUAAGAUAGAUAGAACUAUAAGUAAGUU